AUGAAAUUAUUUUCAGUGAAGGAAGACAUUCCACCUAAUACAUCGCUGAAUAUUUUCAUACGAGAGCAUGCAAAACUUCGUGGAACCAAGGCAAUGUGCCAUGAAGGAGGCUGUGGUGCUUGCAUUGUGUCAGUGAAGGUCAAGGGUGAGACAAUGUCUGUCAAUUCUUGUCUGGUACCAGUACUCAUUUGUAAUGAAUGGGCCAUCAAAACGAUUGAAGGGAUAGGUAACAAGAAGGAGGGCUAUCAUACUCUGCAGGCUGCAUUGGCUGGAAAAAAUGGCUCUCAGUGUGGCUAUUGCUCACCUGGAAUGGUGAUGAACAUGUACAGUCUGAUGCAAGGCAAGCAGUUGACUAUGAAGGAAAUAGAGAACUCUUUUGGAAGCAACAUAUGUCGUUGUACGGGCUAUAGACCCAUUUUGGACGCGUUCAAAAGCUAUGCCUCCGAUGCUCCAAAGGAAAUGGUUAAAGAUAUCCAAGAUAUCGAGGAACUAUUUAAAAUACAAAUCUGCCCAAAGAACGGUCUACCAUGUGAAAAUGGUCGUAAUGGAUGUCACACACUUUUGCAAACCACCAACAACAAAAUUAACAUGGAAUUAGAUGGUUCAGAGUUCCAUAAGGUUCUAUCAAUCGAAGACUUAUUUGCAGUAUUUAAGAACAAUCCAAACGCGAGUUAUGUUUUACACGGUGGUAACACUGCACACGGUGUAUAUCGGUUGAAAACACCGGAUAUGAUAAUUGACAUAAAUGACAUACCCGAUUUACGUAGAAUAAGCAAGGAAAAGGAUACUUUAACCAUUGGAAGCAAUAUUUCUCUUACCGUGGCUAUGGAGACAUUUCAGAAAUACUCCCAGGAGCCAAACUUCGAAUAUUUGCAGCAUUUCGUCAAACAUAUUGAUCUGAUUGCCAGUGUCCCUGUGAGAAAUAUGGGAUCCUUAGGAGGAAAUCUGAUGAUCAAGCAUAUGUAUCCCGAGUUUCCGUCGGAUCUGUUUCUGAUACUUGAAACUGCAGGAGCAACAUUACAUAUAGUCGAAGCUGAUGGUAAAAAGACCAACAUGACUUUAUUAGAGUUCCUAGACUUCGAUAUGAAGCACAAAAUUAUAUACAGUAUAGUAUUACCAGCUCUCAGUAAAGAGUACGAGUACAGAUCUUACAAAAUAAUGCCAAGAGCUCAAAAUGCUCAUGCCCACGUGAACGCUGGAUUUUUAUUCAAAUUAGAUGGGGCUGGAAAAGUCUUGGAAAGGCCUAACAUCAUAAUUGGUGGAAUAAAUAAGGAAUUCCGGCAUGCAUUAAACACAGAGGGCUUUCUGGUGGGUAAAUCCAUUUUCGAUAGGAACGUAGUGAAGGAAGCUUUGCAGAAGUUGGACGCAGAACUUAAUCCUGAUCAUGUGCUGCCUGAUUACUCUCCAAAGUUCAGAAAGACGCUUGCACAGGGACUUUUCUUCAAGUUCAUCUUAAGUGUUAAACCAGAGAUCAUAGAGCCAAGAGCGCGCAGUGGUGGAAGCCUCUUGGAGCGUGAACUGUCUUCAGGCAAACAGGAGUUUAAUACAGAUAAAAACUUAUGGCCUUUGAAUCAGCCUCUGCCAAAAUUGGAGGCCAUAUAUCAAACUUCAGGCGAAGCACAGUACACAAAUGAUAUUCCACCUAUGGCAAAUGAAGUUUUCUGCGCCUUCGUACUGACCACAGUGCCAAAUGGGAAAGUGAAGAGCAUAGAUGCUAGUGAAGCAUUGAAAAUGAAAGGAGUGAUAGCAUUUUACUCUGCAAAUGAUAUUCCUGGGAAAAAUUUGUUUAUACCAGCAGCUGCACAAGAAAUGAUGAUGAAUUUUGAUGAAGUGUUAUUCGCAGAUCAGCAUAUUGAGUAUGCUGGACAACCUGUUGGGGUAAUCGUUGCGACAACUCAAUUGCUUGCAAUUAAUGCUACGCAAAAAGUGAUUGUUUCUUAUGCCGAUGCCGCUCCAGAGAAAGCCUUGUUGACGAUCGAGGACGUGAUCGCGAAAAAUGACGAGUCCAGACUGCUUCAGUCAGGCAGUGUUGUCCCAGAAACGAAGGGAAACAACGUGAAGCAUGUAGUAAAAGGGGAAUUUCGAAGUGGAGGUCAGUACCACUACACUAUGGAGACUCACACCUGCGUUUGCGUGCCAAUCGAAGAUGGAAUAGACGUUUAUGCAGCAACCCAAUGGGUAGACCUUACCCAAGUAGCUAUAGCAGAGUGUCUUGGAGUAAAGAAUAACAGUAUUAAUAUUCAAGUGAGAAGAUUAGGUGGUGGAUAUGGGGCAAAGAUAUCUCGUGCCACGCAUGUUGCUUGUGCAUGUGCAUUGGUAUGCUACAAGUUAAAUAGACCAGCUAGGUUCGUAAUGUCGAUAGAGAGUAACAUGAUGGCAAUUGGUAAACGUUACGACACUAGACAGGAGUAUGAGGUUGGUGUCGACGACAAUGGCCUCAUCCAGUAUUUAGAAUCGAAGCAUUGGGGCAACAGUGGUUGCAAUUUCAACGAGUUCCACGCUCCCUUAGUUGUAGAGCAUAUGAAAAGUUGUUAUGAGUUCUCAACUUGGUCGAGUAAGGGCUUUGAGGUCAAGACUGACCUUCCUUCUAAUACAUACUGUCGAGCACCAGGCUCUACGGAAGCCAUAGCUAUGGUGGAGAACAUAAUGGAACAUAUAGCGAAGACCGUGGGAAGAGAUCCAUUAGAAGUUAGAUAUGCAAAUAUGAAAGAAGUGCACAAGGAUGUAUUGCAACCAAUGAUAGAGGAAUUGUGCCAGAAUGCGGAUUAUGAGAUGAGAAAGAGAGCCGUGAAUACGUUUAAUAAUGAGAACCGAUGGAAAAAGAGGGGAAUAGCUUUGGUACCACUAAUGUAUCCAUUGGCCACCUGGGGCCAGUUUCACGCGCAUGUAGCAGUAUAUGCUCGAGAUGGGACAGUUUCUGUGACUCAUGGUGGAAUUGAGUGUGGUCAAGGCAUUAAUACCAAGGUAGCUCAAGUGGCAGCACAUACUUUGGGCAUAGACUUGUCAUUGAUUACUGUAAAACCAACUAAUAAUUUAACAGCUCCAAACAACUCUGUCACUGGUGGCAGUAUUGCCAGCGAAACGUGUGCAUACGCAACCAUGAUGGCUUGUAAAGAGCUCAUGAAGAAGUUAGAACCUAUCAAAGCGGAACUAAAAAAUCCCACAUGGAAAGAUUUAGUUUUUACAGCACAUUCGAAAGACGUCGAUCUAUGUUCGCGUUACAUGUUUACUACGAAAGAUGAUAUAAAAUCUUACCCGAUAUAUGGUGCUACUAUAGCAGAGAUUGAACUUGACGUCCUGACCGGACAACACAUUGUGCGCAGAGUAGAUAUAGUCGAGGAUGCCGGAAGGAGUAUGAAUCCGGAAUUGGACUUAGGACAAGUGGAAGGUGCCUUUGUGAUGGGCCUUGGAUAUUGGACGUCUGAAGAUUUGAUUUACGACUCAAAAACUGGCCAAUUGACAAACACCAGAACUUGGAAUUAUAAGCCACCAGGUGCUAAGGAUAUUCCUGUCGAUUUCCGGGUUUACUUUUGUCGAAAUGGUUCGAAUCCAUUCAGUGUUCUUCGUUCGAAAGCUACUGGUGAACCACCAUUGUGUAUGGGCUACGUAAUACUCAUUGCAAUUCGCAAUGCGCUAAAUUCAGCAAGGGAAGAUGCUGGAGAUAAGAAUCCGUGGUUCAAAUUGGAUGGACCUGUUACUAAUGAGAGGAUCCUGUUAAAUAGUUUAACCAACAAAGAACAAAUGGAUGCGCAGUAGAGCAGUUUAAACUUG